CAUUUACUGAGGAUCUUGAGAAGUAGAACUGCAACAGAAAUACGUUAACUGGACAGAAACUACUCUUGAAAUAUUAAUCCUGAUCUUUUUAAAGAAUGGCUGGUUUGACCAUCGACGAUGUUCUUGCUAGAAUAGGUAGUCUUGGUUUCUAUCAACUUCGACUCAUUGYCAUAUUAAGUUUUGGAGAAUGGGUGAACAUAACUUUUCAAGUGAUGAUGAUGACWUUUGUGGGUGCGGAACCCCCCUGGAAGUGUGCACCCAAUAGUAAUGCAUGCAACUGGACUGGAGAGAUGGGUCCAACCCAUAAGAACUACGGCGAACGAUGUCAUCUUAAUAGAAGUGACUGGGUAUUUUCAGACGAAUAUACAUCUGUGGUCACAGAGUUUGAUUUGGUGUGCGACAACACAUUCCUGGCCAGCGUUUCCUCRUCAAUUCUGUUUGCUAGUUGGUUGGUUAUGUCUUUAGCCAGUGGGAUUUUGGCAGACAAARUUGGCAGAAAGCCCGUUCUGGUUAUUUUUGCCAUUGUUGCUCCUCUGUUUGGACUUCUGAGUGCAUUUCCUCGUGUCUAUUGGUUGUUUACUGUUUUUCGGCUUCUUGUUGGCAUUGGUAUUGGUGGCUGUGGUAUGCCAGUGUUUGUGCUUGCGACGGAAUUUGUUGGAGUAAAACACAGACACGUUGCAGGAACAGCUCUUUGGUAUUCCUGGGCUUUGGGUCUGUUGUCUUUGGGUGGGAUUGCCUACCUAAUAAGAGACUGGAGGACAUUAGUYAUUGUUCUUUCUGCUCCUGGCUUAAUCUUCAUUGGAGCAUGGUGGUUUAUACCAGAGUCAAUCAGGUAUUUGCUGCUGAAAGGAAAACUUAGCGAAGUCGARAAGGUGCUUCGCCACAUUGCCCAAGUAAACAAGAAAGAMUAUCCAGAAGAACYAUUGCAUGAUCCCACGCAGGAAGGUGAUCAAAAAAUGGGCGAUUUGCGAGACUUGUUUAGAACCAAGAAAAUGAUCCAUCGAACUCUUGUCUCUUGGUAUUCUUGGUUUGUUAAUGCCAUGGUCUACUAUGGUGUUGCUUUUGCCUCACCUUCACUUGGUGGUAACAUGUAUUUCAACUUCUUCUUGACAAGUGUUAUUGAGAUUCCUUCAAACUGGGCGUCGAUAUAUGCUAUAGGAAARUUCGGAAGGAAGAAAACUGUAGUUGUUGGACUUAUUAUGGCUGCGUUAGCAUCGAUUGGUGCUGUUUUAAUUACAAUGUACGACCCUGGAGAUGGAGACAAAGGGUAUUAUGCUGGCAUUGUCAUCAUGGCCAUGACAGCAAAAUUCUUCGUGUUUAUGUCAUUUGCUGCUAUCUACGUCUACUCAGCGGAAUUAUUUCCCACAGUUGUCAGGAAUGUAGGUAUGGGUACUUGCACUGGUGCUGGGCGAGUUGGCUCAUUUAGUGCGCCAUACGUUGUGCAGUUGAAUCGCGUUCAUGCUUUGUUACCAUUUGGAAUAAUGGCCGUACAAGCGUUUUUGGCGGGAAUCUUGUGUAUGACUUUGCCAGAGACUAAGGGUAUGCCAACCGAAGAAACGAUGUCAGGAGAURCCAAAGAAGCAGUUGUGRAUGAAGUAGCAAUAGCGGAUCUCAAGGAGGAAAUGCCAGUUCCUAUCGAUCAGAAGAAUGAAGACAAAAACGAUAAUGUCCUCAGGAUUGAGGUUGCUGAGCAGAACAAGAAAGCUGGCCAGUCAAAAGAAAUAGGUUUUGAUAAUACAACGUUUUAGUUAUUAACAUUUGUGUUGAACUGGCCAAGGCAUAGGAUACCAAGUGAUGAUCAGUGAUAUAUAUAGAGUGUUUUUCAUAAACAAAUAUACUUUGUUUUUGAGGAGAAGAAUCAUUCAUGGCUACAACAAUGUGUCCCAAAUUAUGUAUGUAUUGUUCACAGCUAUUGAAAAGGCUGAGAAUACCUGAAGAUAGCGUACUCCAGACCAAAGUGCAUUGUUAGACGUUCUAUCGCCGUUGAAAAGACGCCUUUUCGUGAUUCUCUAUAAUAGCUCGGCACAGCCAAGAACUUCAAAGCAAUAAAGUUUAGAAUUGACAUUUUGUAACGUAGCUAACGCGGAGUUUUAAAAUAGUACAAACAAAUCAUAAGUAUAUAACCAUUUAUGUACUUGUACACAAUGCAUUGCGGUCUUUAGUAUUCAACGUUUUCUGAACUACCGACAUCUGUGAAUUCUUUAUUUGUUCAUUUUACUAAAUGAACGUAGAUGAACUGCAGAAUGCCGAUUGAUUGACACAUGUCGAUCGCUCGUAUUUUAUAAAUUUGAAAGUGAUCAGUUUCAGUGAUCGAUUGAAAUCAAUGACAAAUUAAAAAUAAGGAAUUGAAUCCUACGUAUUCAUACACAGUAUCUAUCAAAUUGUUUAGAGAAAAAAAUUAUUUCAAAUUUAACAUUUGUGCAUGAGGAUGAUUUUAAAAAAUCUUAUCAGCUUUCUUGUAAACUAUACAUAAA